AUUAUAAACAACAUUCACAAAAUUAUCUCAUUCGUAGUAUAGGUUUUUAGUAAACCAGGUUAGUAUUAAAAAUUAAAUCCAACAAUAUGAAAUCUUUCGCGAUAUUUUUUUGCGUCGUAGUGAUUUUUUGUGUCUCGCGAGCCAAAGUCUUCGAUAAAUGUGAGAUAGUAACUAAGAUGUCAAAGCAUGGUGUUCCGUGGUCGAAAAUACCCACUUUUGUUUGUCUUAUAAAAUGGGAAUCGGGAUUUGAUUCAGGAAAGUUGGAUUAUAAGACUGGGAAGCAUGGACUGUUUCAAAUUAAUGAGAAAGUUUGGUGCUCGCCAUACACGAACCCAGGAAGAGAAUGCAACACCACAUGCAGUGAUUUCAGAGACGAUCAUAUUAUGGAUGACAUAAAUUGUGCUCUAAAGAUAUUCUCAGACACACUUGACCUUUCUGGGAUAGGUUUCGAUGCUUGGACAUCAUACUGGGAUCAUUGUGCAGCGGAUGAUAAUAUGGACUAUGUCGAAGGAUGUAAAACUGACUAAAAAAUACUAGACUGUCAAAUACCAACCAGUAUGUUCCUUGUUAUGUAUGUGUGUAAAUUAAAUAAGUUUUAACAUUGUUUAAAAUGUUAGUAUUAUAACAAGUGCCAAAAAAUUUCCUAAAUUAUUAUAAGAUAGUCUUAUUUUAUUAUAAGUCUGAUUAUGUAUUAUUUUAUUUAUAUUUAAAAUUAAUAAAUUAUUAAAAUAUACAUAAA